AUGGCAUUCGUCAAAGUCAUGUUUUCUCCCAUACUCUACCUUGCGAUCCUAUUUGCCUUACUCAUUUUGCCUACAUCCGGGGCUGCAACCCCUCCCGAAAAUCCAAAGUCAAUAGAUACAGAACUAACAGUCACAAAUUCGCUUAAGCUACGGAACAGUACUCUCGCGGAGGUACUCCAAAACAUAGGGACGGAUGCCGGCGAUAAACCUCCGGCGACUGGUCAGGUCACACCUUUCAACAUUUUAUGGGCACUCGUAGCUCUCAACCUUACAUACAUCACCCAUCCUUUAAAUGCAUCAUUGUGGACUCGGCCAUGCUACCAGUAUCACGGUUACGUUUCAUUUUAUCUCCCUCUCCUUGAUGCGCCCUUACUGUUAGUGGAGAUCUUUCACCAUACUCGCGGGGCGAGACUAAAGCGCGCCACUCAAAUUACCGCAGACGCCCGCGCGAAGACCAAUUCCACUGAGGCCCCUACCGGAUUAUCACUGAAGGGGUUGCUGUCCAGCUCACGACGUCUCAUCUCAGUCAUCACUAUUCUCCAAUACGUCAAGCUCUGCGGAUAUUGGAACAUCGGGAACUACUUCAUCUGGGCAGCACUUCUUCUCGUCUCCUGGUUAAUCCUCGAAAUUGUAUACUACACAGCGAACUACACCCAAAUGUUAGAUUUCCCGCAGAAAAGCCCGAAAAAAACAAAUAGCCGUAGGAUACCCAUUGAUGGCACGGCCCAGUAUCUCUCGGCGGUAUUUGGCUUAAUGGGGGUUGUAGGUUACUUUCUGUUUGUGUUGGUUAUUAUACUGGAAAUAGGGUUCGAGAGCCCGAUGGGCUCUGUGUUGAGUCAGUUGACGCUAGUAGGCAUCGCGGUGAUCAUUUUUAUUUGGGCUCUGAUUAUCCUCUACUCCCGCGAAUAA